CAUUUGCAGCAGUGGAGCUAAAAAGCUAUAAUGCUAUUUUAGCUCCACUGAUAUUGCAAAACCAGCACACAGCAGUGGAGGUAAAGCCAAAAUAUUUGGCUGAUUUGCUACAGUGCACAUCUAUAAAUAGAUGUGCACUGUAGCACUCAUCCAAACAAAAAAAAUAAUUUUUUAUGCGGCAACCGGAUUAAAAUAAUCCCACUUUCCCCAUUUUUUCAUUCUUUUAUUUCCUUUCUCCUUCACCGUUACUCUCAAUCUCCUUCUCCCUCACUCUCAUCUCCCAAAUCGCUCCUGCCCAUCACCGUCGCUCAUCACUGUCCAAGCCAUAGACCAGCCCAGCCCAGCCCAUGCCGUCCCUCGCCGUCCCAGACCAGCCCUCGCCAACGCCGUCCGUCGCCGUCCAGCCCAAAUCAGCCCACGCCAUCGCCGUCCUAGACCAGCCCAGCCCACGCCGUCCGUCGCCGCAUCUCCCUCACUCAUCGCACUCCAGCUCAUCUCCCUCACUCAUCACCGUCGCCGUCCGUCGCCGUCGCAAGCUCUCAUCUCACUCAUCAAGCUCUCCACGCCGUCGCCGUCCAAGCCCAGCCCAAUCCGUCGCCGUCCCAGCCGAUCCACUUCAGAGCCAGAGUUAUGUAUGGAUGGUCUCUGUAUGUGGUGGCGGCGGAAAAAGAGUCGUCGGUGGCGGUGGCGGCGGCGGUGGAAAAAAAUUCGUCGGCGGCGGCGGCGGUGGCGGUUGAAGGUGGUUGUGGUUGUUAUUUAUUGUAUAAGAUAUAUUAUUUUAUUGUAGUGGAUAUAUUAUUUUAUUGUAAUGGAUAUAUUAUUUUAUUGUGAUGUUUAUAUUAUUUUAUUGUGUUAAAAGCUAAAAUAGAUCCACUGCUGCAGCAUGUAUGUAGCUAAAAUAGAUAAAGUAACUUUUGGUGGAGCUAAAAAGCUAAAUUUUUAGCUCCACUGCUGUGGAUGC